UCUCAAAUCCGCCCCCAAAUUAUUAAUAUCUUUCCCCCCUUCUUCUUCCUUCCCCUGCUCUCACCAACGUCUCCAAAUUUCAAAUUCCCUCGACCCUCCCGACCCCAUCUCGGCCACCCGAUGGCGAUCGCCGCGGAGUCGCAGCAACAAGAGAAGACUCCUUCGAAGGCCUCAGCGGUGGAGAAGCGAUGGACGCUCAAUGAUUUCGACAUUGGAAAGCCUCUUGGAAGAGGAAAGUUUGGUCAUGUGUAUCUGGCCAGGGAAAAAAGGAGUAACCAUAUUGUGGCACUGAAAGUGCUGUUCAAGAGCCAGCUCAAGCAAUCUCAAGUUGAGCAUCAGCUGCGACGUGAAGUUGAGAUACAGAGCCACCUCCGGCAUCCAAACAUACUACGCCUAUAUGGUUAUUUCUAUGAUCAGACUCGUGUUUAUUUGAUACUAGAAUAUGCAGCAAAAGGUGAACUUUACAAUGAAUUGCAGAAGUGCAAGUACUUCAGUGAAAGACGCACUGCUACUUACAUCUCAUCUUUAGCCCGGGCGUUAAUAUACCUCCAUGGGAAGCAUGUGAUUCAUAGAGACAUCAAACCGGAGAAUCUUCUGAUCGGAAUACAGGGUGAGCUGAAAAUUGCAGAUUUUGGGUGGUCAGUUCACACAUUCAACCGCAGGCGGACAAUGUGUGGAACACUGGAUUACCUUCCGCCUGAAAUGGUGGAAAGUGUGGAACAUGAUGCCAGUGUGGAUAUUUGGAGCUUAGGUGUAUUGUGCUAUGAGUUCCUUUAUGGGAUGCCACCAUUUGAAGCAAAGGAACACUCUGAUACAUACAGAAGGAUAGUCAAAGUUGAUCUCAAGUUCCCGUCGAAACCAGUUGUUUCUCCUGGGGCAAAGGACCUCAUCAGCCAGAUGCUUGUCAAAGAUUCCACUCAACGUCUUCCGCUUCACAAGCUGCUCGAGCAUCCAUGGAUAGUGCAAAAUGCAGACCCUUCCGGUGUAUACAGAGGAUGAUAACUUCGAUUCCUCGCUGUCCACUUUAUGUAUUUUCUACCAUCAUUUAGGCAGAAAAUACAAGUUAAAAAGAGGGUGUUAGAGAAAUGAUGACCAAGGAUGUUUUAGUUCAGAAUCUUUCGAUGAUGAAAUAUUCUGCUUGUAUUCUGUAUGUAGUCUACUCUUGUUGGUUUCCAGUCUAGUUUAAUUAGUGACAACACAUCUACUCUUCUUAAUAAGAUUUGUUGUCCUAUUGAUUUCCCACAAUCUUCCAGUGUGGUAGUACUGUUAGUUUGUGUUUUGCUCGAGCAUCAUUCUAUAUGUAACACUGCAUCAGAACUCAGCAUAUUCUUUCCAGCCAGGUUAAAGAUUUCUCCUUAGCAUCAUAGCAAACAACCAAGAUGAUUUAAUUGGUGUAACCAUAAUUAUAGAGACAUAUCACAAAUCACAUACCGGCAGCCAAAAUCUUUUGCAACAAGUGGCUACAAAAUUGGUAAUACUUACAGAUACAGAAUUAUAGAAUCUUUGUACUGAUACAAAUACUCUCCAAUCUAUCACAUAGGGUAUGGUAUGGUCUCCCUGUAACUGGAAAAUACAUUUAAAUUAUCCACAUGCUUGCUAGUACUUAUAAAGAUCUAGUAGCCAAUUCUUAUGCAAUGCCUCUAUACUCAUCAUAUCUCAGAUGCUGCCAUCACUGAUCCGUACAUCAUGAUCAUUCGGCAAUGACUCUGUUGAUGGUUCAUCUUCCUUCUCGAUAUGUUCGUGACUAAGAAAGCUAGGUUGAUUGGUUGAAGAAAGCAGCCUCGCCCACAUCCUAUCUGUUAUCACAACCUUCUUGCAUGUUUCCGUUACUCU